UUGUACAAAAUUUCAGAAUUUGGUGCCGGUCGGUCCCGUCUCACUGGUGAUCCUCAGUUCGAGCGAGUGGCGCUGAAAGCGCUAGAGUCACUGUGGAGGACACGAUCGUCACUUGGUCUCGUAGGCAAUCACAUCAAUGUACGGACAGAAUACGCUUCUGCUAUUAAUCGCUAUGUUCGCAAAGGUGACUGGUUCAUGUGGGUAACAAUGACGAAGGGCGCAGUUUCCUUACCAGUAUUCCAGUCCUUGGAAGCCUUCUGGCCAGGAUUACUGUCUAUGAUUGGUAAUGUCGAAGAAGCUUCUCGAAUAAUGCUUCAAUAUUCCCAAGUGAUUCGGCAGUACGGCUUUCCACCAGAGUUCUACAACAUACAAAACUCGGCGGCCGAAAAACGUGCAGCUUUCCCAUUGCGUCCUGAAAUAGCAGAGAGUCUGAUGUAUCUCUACAGAGCCACAGAGGACCCGCAGUUCCUGGAAAUUGCGGCGCAGUUGGUU